CGCCCCCGCUCCCCGGCCGAGGCAAGAGGUGGUUGGGGGGACCAUGGCUGACGUUUUCCCGGCCAACGACUCCACGGCGUCUCAGGACGUGGCCAACCGCUUCGCCCGCAAAGGGGCGCUGAGGCAGAAGAACGUGCACGAGGUGAAGGACCACAAAUUCAUCGCCCGCUUCUUCAAGCAGCCCACCUUCUGCAGCCACUGCACCGACUUCAUCUGGGGGUUUGGGAAACAAGGCUUCCAGUGCCAAGUUUGCUGUUUUGUGGUUCACAAGAGGUGCCAUGAAUUUGUCACUUUUUCUUGCCCGGGUGCGGAUAAGGGACCCGACACUGAUGACCCCAGAAGCAAGCACAAGUUUAAAAUCCACACUUAUGGAAGCCCCACCUUCUGUGAUCACUGUGGGUCAUUGCUGUAUGGACUUAUCCAUCAAGGAAUGAAAUGUGACACCUGUGAUAUGAACGUGCACAAGCAGUGUGUAAUAAAUGUCCCCAGCCUCUGCGGGAUGGACCACACGGAGAAGAGGGGCCGGAUCUACCUGAAGGCUGAGGUCACUGAUGAGAAGCUCCACGUCACUGUACGAGAUGCAAAGAAUCUGAUUCCUAUGGAUCCAAAUGGGCUUUCAGAUCCUUAUGUGAAGCUGAAACUAAUUCCUGAUCCCAAGAAUGAAAGCAAACAGAAAACCAAAACCAUCCGCUCUACACUGAAUCCCCAGUGGAAUGAGUCUUUUACAUUCAAAUUAAAACCUUCAGAUAAAGACCGCCGGCUGUCCGUAGAGAUCUGGGACUGGGAUCGAACAACAAGGAAUGAUUUCAUGGGCUCCCUUUCCUUCGGAGUCUCAGAGCUGAUGAAGAUGCCAGCCAGUGGAUGGUACAAGCUGCUUAACCAAGAGGAAGGUGAGUACUACAAUGUACCCAUCCCAGAAGGGGACGAAGAAGGAAACGUGGAGCUCAGACAGAAAUUCGAGAAAGCCAAGCUUGGCCCCGCUGGUAACAAAGUAAUCAGUCCUUCAGAAGACAGGAGACAACCUUCCAACAACCUGGACAGAGUGAAACUCACAGACUUCAAUUUCCUCAUGGUGCUGGGGAAGGGAAGUUUUGGAAAGGUAAUGCUUGCUGACAGGAAGGGCACAGAGGAACUGUAUGCUAUCAAAAUCCUGAAGAAGGACGUGGUGAUUCAAGAUGAUGACGUGGAGUGCACCAUGGUAGAGAAGCGAGUCCUGGCCCUGCUUGACAAGCCCCCAUUCCUGACACAGCUACACUCCUGCUUCCAGACAGUGGAUCGACUGUACUUCGUCAUGGAAUACGUCAAUGGUGGGGACCUCAUGUACCACAUUCAGCAAGUAGGAAAAUUUAAGGAACCACAAGCAGUAUUUUAUGCGGCAGAGAUUUCCAUUGGAUUGUUCUUUCUUCAUAAAAGAGGAAUCAUUUACAGGGAUCUGAAGUUAGACAAUGUCAUGCUGGAUUCGGAAGGGCAUAUCAAGAUUGCUGAUUUUGGGAUGUGCAAAGAACACAUGAUGGAUGGAGUCACAACCAGGACCUUCUGCGGGACUCCAGAUUACAUUGCCCCGGAGAUAAUCGCUUAUCAGCCGUAUGGAAAAUCCGUGGACUGGUGGGCCUAUGGCGUCCUAUUAUAUGAAAUGCUAGCCGGACAGCCUCCCUUUGAUGGUGAAGAUGAAGACGAGCUGUUUCAGUCCAUAAUGGAGCAUAACGUUUCUUAUCCCAAAUCCUUAUCCAAGGAGGCCGUUUCCAUCUGCAAAGGACUGAUGACCAAACACCCAGGCAAGCGGCUGGGUUGCGGGCCAGAGGGAGAGAGAGACGUUCGGGAGCACGCUUUCUUCCGGAGGAUCGACUGGGAAAAACUCGAGAACAGGGAGAUCCAGCCACCCUUCAAGCCCAAAGUGACUUUCUGUACCAAAAUGCACUGGCUUCAGUGGGCAUCCCGGCCUUCGUGUGGCAAAGGCGCAGAAAACUUUGACAAGUUCUUCACACGAGGGCAGCCUGUCUUAACACCACCUGAUCAGUUGGUCAUUGCUAACAUAGACCAGUCUGAUUUCGAGGGGUUCUCGUAUGUCAACCCCCAAUUUGUGCACCCCAUCUUACAGAGUGCGGUAUGAAACUCACCACGAAGAACCAUCGUCUCCCCCGCCCCCAGCCCUCCAGCAGUGGGAAAUGAUCCUUAACCCUAAAAUUUUAAGGCCAUGGCCUUUUCUCUUGUUCUAGAUGGGGGCCUGAAAAUUUUAGGGUUUUUAGUCCAAAUGUGAGCAACGGUUCAGGGUCUGUCUCUUACAACCAAGAACAUUACCUUAGUGGAAGAUGACAUAAUGUACAGUGUCCAGCUUAAUUAUGUAGAAGUCACAUCUGGCUGUAGGUUGACCCUUCCUAGAAAGCAAACAAACUCUCCCCCUUUUUCGGUACGAUUUGAUGUAUUUUCCUUGCCUUUCUGUCAAUUUCCACCAUGGAGGUCCCCCAACCAGAGAUGUUAAAAUGAACCUGUCCCAGUCCAGUGGGCUAGACACCCCUCCACCUGAGACGUCUUUGGAAUGAAAGAACGGGGAGCCCAGAAUGUGAACCAGGUGGGAUUGGGAGUAGGGGAGGCUUUGAAAUACCCACUGCUUCUGUUCUCUGCCUCAGUGGAAACGGUCCCUAGAAUUUGAGAGGCCGAGAUGAAUCAAGUCCCCACCGGUGAGUCAUUUGCAAGCUCACCGUUACCAUACAUCGACAGUCGUAACCCAGUCAUAGUCCAGUGAUUACUGGUCUUAGAGCAAACCUCAGAUGAACGUUGGGUGAAUCUGUCAGCUCCCCAGUUUGGUUGACGAUUAUCUUGAUACUUGCAUUUCUUUUUAAGAGGCCAAAUCUUCUAAGGACUUUGCUAAAUGAGCAUGUGAAAUCAUUUCAGAUCAAGGAUAAACCAGUGUGUAUGUAUGUUCAUUCUAAUCUCUGGGAGAUUAUUCUGUGAUCCAGGGUGCCAUCAGCAAUCAUGCCACUACUCACGAGUGUUGUUAGCCAACCCCGACCCUCCAACCAAUAUUUUGCUACCUAUGUCCUAAGAGGCUGAAGCGUACACCCCCUCCCCUUUUGUACUUAUUUAUUUACUAGGCUGCAAUGUCGUUUACGAGAGUACGGUGUACAGUAACUUAGCAGAGUGUUGACUAUAGCAUAAGUCUCCAUUGAUCGAUUUCCCUCCCAUCUCCAGCCCUUGACAUCCGCUAAGGGAUGAAAACCAAUACAGUUCAGGUCUCCAUUUCCAGUUCAUGUUGAAUGACACACCUGGAGCUGUAGAAUCAGGAAAGCCUGGAUGCACAUCAGCUUGAAGAUGUUUUAUUGCUAGAAGGAUUUUAAUAUGUUUUUGCAGAUGCAUCAUGCAAUGAAUUUUGCAUGUUUAUAAUAAACCUUAAUAACAAGUGAAUCUAUAUUAUUGAUAUAAUCGUAUCAAGUAUAAAGAGAGUAUUAUAAUAAUUUUAUAAGACACAAUUGUGCUAUAUUUGUGAAGGCUCUUGUUUCUAAUCUGCUUUUAUGAUUAAGUUUUAGCUUCAUUCCUUGCUGCUGUGCUUCCUCUUCCCUCAUUCCCACCCCAAGCAAACCCUGCACUGUAUCAGAUAUAUUAAUUUUUUUAUCGUAGAUCUAAUUUUGAAAUGAAUGGCUAUUUUACAUGAUCAAUUAGGCGCAUAUAUAUAUAUAUAUAUACAUAAAAUAUAUAUAUAUAUAUACCCACACACAUACAUAUUUUCGAUUCUACCUGCAAACAAAUGUUUUGUUUUUGGGGAUUAUUUCUGAGAUAACACUCCCUCCUAGCUCCUCAGCACCAUCGUCCACUCCUUUACCACUCUUCCUCUUGGGGACAUCAGGAAGUGUUUGACUCCAGUAUGCCUAGUAUGUUUGUGUAGGUGUGAUGUUGUCACAGCCCCUGGGCUGGACUUUGGUUUUUCCUUUUCAGCCUUGUUACUGUUAGUGACUUGGGGUGGGAGGGACAGGAAGACGCCCAUCCUGCUAUGUAUGCGUGGACACACCAGAAGCACACCGUCCGUCUUGCUGCCCCCAGAACGACUCGCCGUUUGCUCCAGCACAUACAGACUUCAUGAGACAAACCGUCCAGUCUGGCAGCUCCCCCGCCCCAUCCCGACACAGCCAUCCCCUGGCUCUAUCCGCAGACUCGUUAGAAGCUACAGAUUUUCUUCCACCUGUUGCUGGAACCAGCCUUUCCAGUCUCAUGAGGAGUACAUCUGUGGUGAGACACUGUGAGACACUAACGCAAGGUCCUCGGAGAAGCCAGCCUCCUACAGCAGAAAGCACAUCCGACGUGGAAGUGAUUAUCCGUUCUUACAGGGGCUGCUCUAAGUCCCCUCAUUCUCCAAAUGCGUCUCCCAGCUAAGCACCGCCUCAUUUUUUACUCUCUGUUUGCCUGAAAUUCAUGUAACACAACCACAGAAGGGUCUUUGAGACUGAGAGACCUGGUCUGUCCUGGGGACUCUUGACUGGAGGAAGAGAUGGGGUAGGCAGUGGGUCAGCCCCAAAAAGAGCAACUUCCUCCGCCAUCUCUUAGGGGCUGUGGACAUCAGAAUGCAGAAAGGGCCCUGGCACACCCAAUGCUGCAGUCCUGCGGGGCAGCACACUUUGGGGACCCUUCCUUUGCCAGGGACAUCUCAUUCGGUUGAGUAGAAAAGGGACCAGUUUAUAGAAUGAGCCUAGGAAACAAAACAACAGUCACCCUGCCCCAGGAUGGGGCAGCAGCAGGACGGACCCUCAGCCAAGCCCCAGGCAGCAAGGAAGGUUCCAGAAAGGAACACGUUGGGGGGUCAGGGACCGUUCAUCCCUGAGCCCCAUUUUGUCUGCUUGUUUCUAUGCCAGCAGCAGUCUCAGGCUUUCCCUCACACAGCCAACACAUUUCCAAAUUAUUCAUAAUUCUCCAGGAAACAUUCAUCAUCUUAGCUGGCUUGCGUUCUUUCAGAAUGCAUGGCAAAGUUUUAAAAGAAAAUCUCCUGGCUGUGGGGCCCAGCGCUCGGCCUGCAGGACAGCGGGCUUGAAGACAAACUUGGGAGGGAGGCGGGAAGCCCCAGGGCCUGGUGAAGUGUGACCGUGACGUACCCUGUUUGGUGUGUGGCUUUGUACCAAGUUUAGGUAAAGGCUAAUGCUUUAAAGGUCUGAGCAGCCCAAUAUAGAAUAAACCUCAUGGGUGACCAUUAUAGAGGAAGCAAUCGAUGUAGUUCAGUGGCGUCGUCCCAGUUCGUGGGCAUUGUGUGAAAGCCACAGGGAAGGGGUGCUCUUUUGACCGCAGCUGGCGGCUCUAGAAGCCCCAGCCCUGAGCACUGCCCACCUCACUGGGGCCUGUGGAGGUCCAGGGCCCUGCAUAGUCUAGCUCGGUCUGGUUCUCCGCCAGAUUCUCUGGUCCCAGACUUGGAAGGGCCGUUCACGUUGCCUUGCAUUAUUUUCCCUUGGACGGUGGCUGCUACUCAGCAGCAGAACUUGGCUCUGAGGUGGCAGGCCAGUGGGCAGGCCAGAAGGCCACCUUCUCUUGGCAUCUUGUCUAAAGACACUAGAUGCUUGGUUUAGAUGGAAGUAUCCAGAGUGUGCUGGCCGAGUGUAGCCCUCAGAAGUCAAUGGGAGGUUCCCUAGAGGCAGGAACUAAUUCAGAAGGUAAUGGUUGCUCUUCAGCACAUCUGCUUCUCUUCGAUCCUCAUGACCUGGUACCAGUGAACGCAACAUCACCGUCUGUCUCUUCUCCUGAAAUGUGUCAGGCUUCCUUAUUAGGAAUUUUGGCAGAGGAUCGGAGAGUUUAGGACGCUUUGGAAACUUGACCUGAGAUCUGUUGAAAGGUGAUGUGAAACAGCCGCGGUGAUACAACCAGCCAGUGAUUGUGGAGAAAGUCUCUGAGCUGCAGUCCUCAGGUGAUGUGCUUGCUGGAACUCGUGUGUAGACCCCAAGCGAGUCACUUACUGAUGUUCAGAGAGGGGAGAGGUUGGUGGAGGCAGAGGUCAGUAAGGCGUUUAGAGAAGAGCAAGGAUUGAGUGUAUCCCGGAGGAGGAAGCCAGGAGGGUGUGGAAGGAGAGGGCAUCUCAGGAAGGAAGCUGCUGCUAUUUCCAGCGGCUUUGCCUUGUUGGUUGUUGAUGCACUUGACAGCCACUGCUGGCUGGUCCUUGAGAGCAAGUCUGUUGCCAGGAACACGGUCUAGUCCUCCUCAAAAAACAUCUCCUGAAUGCCAACCGCAUCCGCACCAGCUGCUUGAAGCCCCCUUUCUCUGCCUGCCUUGGGGUGGCUCACAAUUCCCGGGCAGAGCCAAACCAUCCAGCAUGCCCCGGGAGCCAGUAGGUCCCCACCCGUUUGCCUCUGUGGCUUCCUGCUGAGAAUGAUGGUGUCUGGGGGUGGAUGGAGAAGUGGCAAAAAGAACUAACACCGCGGUUCCCACCUGAUUGCGCCUAGCAGGAGAAAUCUGAUUUCUUGCUGGGAUUCAUUUUCUCAGUACUGAAGAGGGAGGAAAAGUGAGAGUCUGAUAUUUUUAAAUGGCUCAGAAAGGCAACACCAACUGACAGUCAUUUUCUCACUUUGGUCUCAUGAAGUCACCUCUUUCUUGUGUGUGUGCAUAUCACACCAUUCCCUGUCUCUUUAAACCCGGCAAGGGCAGGAGCGCCUGUUCCCCCACCGAGCACGCUAGUCAUCAUCAGGAAGGAGAUGCUGACCCAGGGGCCCAAAGGAUGAUGUUCCGGGAGCAGCGAAGCCGUGACAGUUACAGUGAAGGAAAGGGCACCCUGGUUAUUAGUGACCGCACACUAAUGUGACAAGUGGGGAGAUAUUUUUUUUUUUAAACAUUUUCCUUGAGUUGCUUGGGUAACAUCUUAUGAAACAUACCAGACUGUAAACAUGUCUGUCAUUUCCCAUUUGGGUCGAUGCGACAAAUCGGAAGAUACAGAAAAUUGCGAAAGGUUACCUGAGUUUUAGUGAGUGAAGGCAUCUAGAAAUGGCAUCAACCGCAAUCCUGUUAACUUUCUAACAUCAGGGACUCUUUGGGAGAGUUAAAAUCAUGUAUGACUAGGACCCUUGUGCCUCUGAUCUGUGUGAUUGGGUGUCAGUGAAUAAUUGUGUAGGUCAAACUCAGUCAUCAAACAGCCUUACAGUGACCCUACACUAAGCCCCACAAAGUCCAAAGACUUUUUUUUUAAACCUUAAGAAAAAAAAAAAUUGAUAAUUCCAACAGAACAACUGAGUAAUACUGGGCUAUUUGUACUUUUUUAUAGAGAACUUUAAUAACUCAAUUCUUCUUUUAAAAAUAAGUUUUUAAAAUAAAACUACUGACAAUUUCCUAAGAUUCCAACCCCGUGGAGCCUGUAGGAGGACUCAGCUGGGGUCCGCUAGAGCGCGCCCCCGACCUGCCCUCCCACUACAGGAUAUUCCCGUGCCAGUGUAUAUGGAGUCCACGCGAGAACGGCUGGAAAUUCAGGUGGAAUGUGUUGGCAGACUGAGGCCCCCCAUGUUUUUAAUGCGCACUGGGGACAACCAUCUAAGGUCUAGAAACUUUUGGACCAUAGGAAAGAUAGGUUUAUGGUCCUCUUCCAGAUGCAGCCCUAGGAGAGCAUUCCCAUGGGGUCUCUGGAUCCCUUUCCUUGCUCUGUGAGGCUCUGUGACCACCUUUUGGUUUGGGGGGCAGGGGGCUUCCUCAGCUCCGCCUCCAGUGCCCCCAGGUCCCCCACGGCUCACAGUCCGUGAAAAUUCAGAGCUGCCCUGUAAGGAUUUUGUCCACUGGGCAAUUCAGAUAUACUUCGAUAUCCCUGAGAAAGAAGAGGCAGCAGCAAACACUCCCAAGGGCAUCUGUCUCAGAAUUCUCUCUUGCAUGAGACAGAAGCCUACUUUUCAGAAACUUAUCAAGGCUACUUUAUAAGAAACUUUUUUUUUUUUUCUAAAAUCAGACAAAAGGUGGCUUUGCAUAUUCUUAUUAAAUAACUGUGUCUUUGUCUCCUCUGCUUAACUUUAGGAGUAUUUAUUCCUGUGAUUGUUCAUAGAUUUUUGUUGAUAUUUUUCCUGGAAGAAUGUGAUUGUUUUCUUAAGGGGAUUAGUGGACUAUUCAAAAUCAUCCACGAAGGCAGGUUAUUCUCUUGAGUCUUAGUGGUCUAAAAAUUCACCUCCUAUCCCUUCUAUCAGGGUCUUUCGGAAUCUCUUUUAUAGAUGGUCAGAGACAUUUGAAAUCCUUGCUUUUACCACAUGAGAGAGAGAGAGAGAGAGUGUGUGUGUGUGUGUGUGUGUGUGACAUGUCAUGUUUGAAUCAUUAAUUGGAAAACAUCGUAUAAGACCCCAAAUCUGUGCGGAGGAGGAAGACGAAGAGCUGGAGGUUGAGGUUUUUCCUUCUGUGUAAGCACCUACUGACAAAAUGUAGAGGCCAUUCAACUGUCCAAUAACAUUUGGUUUAAAGGAGGCAAGAUGGAUGUAUAAAUUACUGCACUGCUUUCCUCAAUUUGUAUAACCUCUGAUCUUUGUUUGCAUGACAUGCUUUGUUAGAUACAUUAGUUGUAGUUUGGAAGCAAGUGUGUACGAAUAAAUACAAUGAUCAUUC